AUUUUAUUUUACGCACUUUUUAUUAUGUGAAGUUGAGCGGGGUUCUAAAGGGAUUUCCAGCGAUUGCGCGAGCGUAAAUGCUUUCUGAAUGUGAAAAUCUGCGCUCAUUCACUUUGUCAGGGGGAGUGAGAUAGUUCAAUGGGAGUGAGAGAGGAGCAUGAAUGGAGCAAAAUGGCGGAUCAUGUGCAGCAACUUGGCACUGAAAGUGUCGGCGUCUGCUGAUAGCCUAGCCCAGCUAGAGAUCCUGUGUAAGCAGCUGUACGAGACAACAGAGACUGGGGUGAGGUUGCAAGCAGAGAAAGCUCUGGUGGAGUUCACUAACAGCCCCGACUGUCUCAGCAAGUGUCAGCUACUACUGGAGAGAGGCAGCUCUUCCUACUCUCAACUUCUUGCAGCUACCUGUCUGUCUAAACUGGUUUCGCGCACCAACAACCCUCUUCCCUUGGAGCAGCGCAUCGAUAUCCGGAACUAUGUACUGAACUAUCUGGCGACGCGGCCGAAGUUGGCAGAGUUUGUUACCCAGGCUCUGAUCCAGCUGUACUCCAGGAUUACCAAGCUUGGCUGGUUCGACUGUCAGAAAGACGACUAUGUCUUCAGAAACGUCAUCGCAGACGUCACACGCUUCCUACAGCAGGACAGUGUAGAACAUUGCAUCAUAGGAGUCACCAUCCUAUCCCAACUGACCAAUGAGAUCAACCAGGCAGAUACCAGCCAUCCUCUGACCAAACACAGGAAGAUUGCGUCAUCGUUCAGAGACUCGUCCCUCUUUGACAUAUUCACCCUGUCUUGCAAUCUCCUCAAACAGGCGUCGGGUAAGAACCUCAACCUGAAUGAUGAGAGUCAGCAUGGUCUACUGAUGCAGCUACUGAAGCUCAGUCACAACUGUCUGAACUAUGACUUCAUCGGAACGUCUACAGACGAGUCCUCUGAUGACCUCUGCACUGUUCAGAUCCCCACUUCCUGGAGAUCAGCGUUUUUGGAUUCCUCCACUCUCCAGCUCUUUUUUGAUUUGUAUCAUUCCAUCCCUCCCUCCCUCUCCCCGUUGGUGUUGUCGUGUUUAGUCCAGAUUGCAUCAGUGAGGAGGUCUCUGUUCAACAACGCAGAGCGAGCCAAGUUCCUCUCUCACCUGGUGGAUGGAGUUAAGAGGAUACUAGAGAACCCACAGAGCCUCUCAGACCCUAACAACUACCAUGAGUUUUGUCGUCUGUUGGCGCGACUGAAAAGUAACUACCAGCUGGGAGAGCUGGUCAAAGUAGAAAACUACCCAGAAGUCAUCAGGCUUAUAGCCAACUUCACUGUCACCAGUCUACAGCACUGGGAGUUUGCCCCUAACUCUGUCCACUACCUGUUGAGCCUGUGGCAGCGUCUGGCAGCGUCUGUCCCUUACGUUAAAGCCACCGAGCCUCACCUGCUAGAGACAUACACACCUGAAGUCACCAAGGCCUACAUCACCUCACGCCUCGAGUCUGUCUGCAUCAUACUCAGGGAUGGGUUAGAGGACCCUCUAGAUGAUGCAGGGUUAGUCCAGCAGCAGUUAGACCAGCUCUCCACCAUCGGUCGCUGUGAAUACGAGAAGACCUGUGCCCUAUUGGUCCAGCUCUUCGACCAAUCAGCACAGACCUACCAGGAACUACUGCAGUCUACCAACUCUAGUACCAUCGACAUCACUGUCCAGGAGGGGAGGUUAACAUGGUUGGUGUAUAUAAUCGGGGCGGUCAUUGGAGGAAGAGUGUCCUUCGCCUCUACAGAUGAACAAGACGCCAUGGACGGAGAACUAGUCUGUCGAGUGCUCCAGUUGAUGAACCUAACAGAUUCGCGGCUGGCCCAGGCGGGUAAUGAGCGGUUGGAGUUGGCCAUGCUCAGCUUCUUUGAACAGUUCAGGAAAAUUUACAUCGGAGACCAGGUGCAAAAGUCCUCCAAGCUGUACCGGCGGCUGUCAGAGGUUCUGGGGCUGAAUGAUGAGACCAUGGUACUCAGCGUCUUCAUUGGAAAAAUCAUCACCAACCUGAAGUACUGGGGCCAGUGUGAACCAAUCACUUCCAAGACACUUCAGUUACUCAAUGACCUCUCUAUAGGGUACAGCAGUGUGAGGAAGUUGGUGAAACUCAGCGCUGUUCAGUUCAUGCUGAACAACCACACAAGCGAGCACUUUUCCUUCCUGGGCGUGAACAACCAAUCAAACCUCAGCGACAUGAGGUGUCGCACCACGUUCUACACCGCACUGGGACGCCUGCUGAUGGUCGACCUAGGUGAGGAUGAGGACCAGUUUGAACAAUUCAUGCUUCCCCUAACGGCGGCGUUUGAAGCAGUGGCUCAGAUGUUCAGCACCAACACAUUCAACGAGCAGGAGGCGAAGAGGACGUUGGUAGGACUGGUCAGAGACCUGAGAGGUAUCGCCUUUGCCUUCAACGCCAAGACCAGCUUUAUGAUGCUCUUCGACUGGAUCUACCCAGCCUACAUGCCCAUCCUGCAGAGAGCUAUAGAGCUCUGGUACCAUGUACCAGCAUGCACCACUCCUGUCCUAAAGCUCAUGGCCGAGCUAGUCCACAACAGGUCACAGAGGUUACAAUUUGACGUGUCAUCACCCAACGGAAUCCUGCUGUUCAGAGAAACCAGCAAGAUGAUCACCACCUAUGGUAACCGUAUCCUGACCAUUGGGGAGGUGCCUAAGGACCAGAUGUACAGUGUGAAGCUGAAGGGUGUCAGUGUGUGUUUCUCCAUGCUCAAGGCUGUGCUCUCUGGGAACUAUGUCAACUUCGGGGUGUUCCGUCUCUAUGGAGAUGACGCACUAGACAACGCACUACAGACCUUCAUCAAACUGCUGCUGUCCAUACCACACAGCGACCUGCUGGACUAUCCCAAGUUGAGCCAGUCGUUCUACAGUCUGUUGGAGGUGUUGACUCAGGAUCACAUGAACUUCAUUGCUUCUCUAGAGCCGCAUGUCGAGCCGUCAUCUAUCUGUGCACUGGGUAAUGUAUAUACAUGCACCGUGAAAUGA